AUGAACGGGUUUUCGGACAUUGCAGAUACACAUGCAGCCUCUACAACACUGAAUCACGAUGUAAGCUGCUGCCACGAAAACAACAGGCCGCGCAUAGCCAUCAUCGGAUACGCCUGUCGUCUGCCUGGUGCGGUAUCAUCUCCUACAGACCUGUGGGAGCUUUGCACACGAAAACGCAGCGGCUGGUCUCCCAUUCCAAAGGAUCGCUUCGCGUCUGAGGCGUUCCACCACCCCAAUCCCUCUAAAGUCGGGUCAUUCAACCCAGGAGGUGGCUACUUCCUGAAAGAUGACAUCUCUCACUUCGAUGCGCCGUUCUUCAACAUAACCGCCCAGGAGGCAACCUCCAUGGACCCCCAACAACGAUUACUACUCGAAUGUUCAUAUGAGGCCAUUGAGAGUGCUGGAAUACCCAAGGAGUCACUGUCGGGGAGAAACGUUGGCGUCUUUGUAGGCGGUAACCUUGCGGAUUAUGAAUUACACAAUGUGCGCGAUGUCGAGACAAUUCCGAUGUACCAAGCGACGGGCUGUGCGCCAUCACUGCAGUCCAACCGAAUAUCUUACUAUUUCGAUUUCCGUGGUCCUAGUUUUACCGUUGAUACUGCUUGUUCCUCCUCAUUGGUUGCACUUCAUGCUGCUGUCCAGAGCUUACGAAGUGGUGAAUCCACAGAGGCACUGGUUGCUGGGUGUAGGCUGAACAUUGUACCGGACCUGUUUGUCUCCAUGUCAAUGUCACAGUUGUUCAAUGAUGAAGGUAAGACGUACGCUUUUGACAAUCGCGCCACAUCUGGAUUCGCGAGAGGAGAAGGCGCGGCUGUAGUGCUGCUGAAGCCUCUUGACGAUGCCAUCAGAGACAAAGAUCCAAUUCGAGCCGUUAUCGUAAACUCCGGAGUGAGCCAGGAUGGGCGAACACAGGGUAUCACAUCGCCAAACGGGCGCGCGCAAGAGGAGCUGAUUCGCCGCGUCUACAAUGAGGCCCAUAUUGAACCAGAGGAUUGCGGUUUCGUGGAGAUGCAUGGCACCGGAACAAAAGUUGGAGAUCCCAUCGAAGCUACAGCUGUACAUGCUGCUCUCGGACAUGGAAGGUCGCCAAAAAAUCCCCUGUAUAUUGGCUCGGUGAAAUCGAACGUAGGCCAUCUGGAAGGUGCCAGUGGAGUAGUUUCACUGAUAAAAGCAGCUAUGAUGCUGGAUCAUGACCUCUUGUUGCCCAAUGCCGAUUUCAAAAAGGCAAACGUCAAUAUUCCGCUGACCGAGUGGAACAUGAAGGUUGUCACAUCGACCAGGCCUUGGCCACGGGGCAAGAAGUUUAUCAGUGUUUCGAAUUACGGUUUCGGAGGCACCAACGCCCACGUCGUGCUUGAGAAAGCGCCAUUGACGUUGAACUUGCCAGACGCCACUUCCACCGAUGCCGACGACAAUUUGCACAUGUAUAAUGACCCCAAGCAUAAGCUAAUAUUCAUAUCAGCAAAUGAUAAAGAAUCCUUACAACAAAGGAUCAAGGAUUUUGGCAUAUACUUUGAGCAAAGGCCCGAGGUUUUUGAAAAGCUAUUAUUCGGAAAUUUUGCCUUUACCGUGGGCAGCAAAUUAUCCCACCUUUCAUACCGAGUCGCUCUCCCAGCUAGCUCAUUGGAUGACUUGGGUAUCCGCUUGGCUCAACUGAAAGUCAAUGCAUCCAAGGUACUAGGAGACCCCAAGGUAGCCUAUGUCUUUACGGGACAAGGGGCGCAGUGGGCUCAGAUGGGUUGCACUCUUAUGAAUGAAUAUCCGAUCUUCAAAGCAGCGAUUCGGCAGGCAGAUGACUGUUUACGGCAACUGCACGCCGAAUGGUCAUUAGAAGAAGAGAUUAAAAAAGAUCUUGCCAACUCUCAGAUCGACACUCCAGAGCUGAGCCAGCCAGGUUGUACAGCUAUUCAAAUUGCUUUGGUGAUACUACUUGACUCCUGGGGUAUUCGUCCAAACUACGUGGUUGGUCACAGCUCAGGCGAGAUUGCUGCAUCCUUUGCUGCUGGUGCAUAUGACUUGCAGGCAACAAUGGCCUUAUCAUACUAUCGAGGCCAAAUGACCCGACUACUUAAGGAAACCCAUCCUUCUCUCCGAGGUGGCAUGAUAGCAGUUGGUGCUGGGGCCAGAACCGUUCGCCCAAUGCUCAAAAUGCUUCAUGCAGGCUAUGCGACAGUUGCCUGCGUCAACAGUCCUGCAAGUGUCACCGUAUCUGGCGAUAUCCCCGCGAUCGAGGAACUGGAGAGUAUCCUUCAGACAAGACAAAUAUUCAAUCGACGCUUGAAAAUAGAUGUUGCCUAUCAUUCAGACCACAUGAAAAAGAUAUCUGAAGCAUAUUUUACUUCUAUUGAACAUAUACAACCCAAUUCUGCAUUGCAGAACGACGUGAUCUUCUUCUCUUCUGUCUUGGGUCGCGUCGCAGAGCCAUCGGCUCUCAAUGCCGCCUACUGGAUUCAAAAUCUUACUUCUCCUGUCCUCUUUCCAGAUGCUCUAGAACAGAUGUGUAAACAAGAUGGUGGGUAUCCAAAUCUACUCAUAGAAGUUGGUCCUCAUGCAGCUUUGAAAGGUCCAAUCGGUGAUAUAUUAAAGAAUUUGGGCCUGACCCCUGCGAGGAUUGCCUAUGCGCCCACAAUUGUUCGCAAGGAAAAUUCCGUGGAAACACUCAUGAAUACUGCUGCUGCAGCCUAUGUUCGGGGUGCAAAUUUAGAUCCAUAUGCUAUCAACUUUCCACGGACAGGGGCUCAGAAUCAUAGUUUUCUGACAGACCUGCCUCGCUAUCCUUGGCAGCACCACACACGUUACUGGCAUGAGCCUAGAAUUGUAAAGAAACAUCAAAUGCGAGACGGUCAGAGAAAUGAUGUGCUUGGUGUUAUGGCAAACUACUCGAACGAUAUGGAGCCCACGUGGAGAAACAUUAUGCGAUUGGAUGACAUGCCUUGGCUCAGGGAUCACAAAAUGCAGGGCAUGGUUGUUUACCCGCUUUCUGGAUAUCUUGCGAUGGCACUGGAGGCAGCCGCUCGCCGCGCUCAUCAGCGAAACAUAACAUUCGCUGCAUUCGAGUUUCGUGAAGUUGUUGUCGAGUCUGCAUUAGUCCUCAAUGAUGAUAUAGAUGUAGAAACAACGAUUUCAUUGCGACCUUAUGAUGAAGGUACCCGUGGUGCGUCAGAUGUCUGGGAUGAAUUCAAGAUUCAUUCUUGGAGCUCUCAAAGAGGUUGGAUUAAGCAUUGCCAUGGUCUUGUCGGAGUUCGGAAUUCCUUUUAUGGUGAUGCUUCUGGGGUUUUCGGGUCUGGUCUGAAAAACAGAAGCCAUAUACAGAACCAAAAGUCGAAAAUUCUCUCGUGUUCAACAAAUCAUGUGCCGGAAGGCCGUCUUUAUCAAGUUCUUACCGAUCUUGGAGCCGACUAUGGGCCGACAUUCAAGGGUUUAGAGAAUUGCUAUGCCGACUCGAAUCACAGCCAUGCCCAUCUUUACAUCCGCGAUACGACCAGUUUGAUGCCAAAGAACUUUCAAUCGCCUCUUUUUGUUCAUCCAGCUUUCCUCGAUGGCUUACUGCAUCUCGUCUGGCCCAUUCUUGGUCACGGUCGAAUGACAUUGGAGACACUUUACAUGCCCACCCUUAUUAAGCACGCGAUCAUCAGUUCCGACAUCUCAUUAACUCCCGGCCAGCAUGUGAGAGCUUUUGGGACUGGAAGCCCCAACAUGCCUUCGCCCGAGCCAACUCACUUUGAUCUCUUUGCAAUUGCCCAGAACAGCGCCGCGGAUACUCUGAUCAUGUUGGAUGGCCUUGUGAUGACCCCAAUCCGCGAUGCAGGAAUAGACCCUGGAGGCGACAUGCGCAAACUAUGCUACAAGCUCGAGUGGUGGCCGUGGGUGAAACAGGGCUGUGCCUCCAACGGACAUGCACAGCCUACUGCGUUGUCCAACGGCAAAACACAUGAACUUAAAAACGGACAUUUCCAGUCCGACGUCCAGAACGACCAAAAUGGCGUCAAUGGAUCAAGCCAUAGUUUGACUCAGGGUGUGAACGGGCACCAUCAGACGAAUGGAUUCUCUUCCAAUCACGACAGAACCAAAGACACUUCCACUAAACAGGCGAUUCAAAACGAACGUGUUGUCAUCGUGCGAUUCACGCGCCAACACGAAAUAGGUCCUAUCGCGACCGAGGUUGCUAAGGAUCUGUGUCAAACACCAUCCGAAACCUUGUUGCUGACGGAACUGGAAACGCAAUGUACCGACUGUCAUGUCAUCAUCCUUCAAUCUCCUGACACUUCCUUGAGAGAUGCAACUGCUACGGAGUUUGAGGCCAUCCGCAGGGUUCUCCUUACUGCAACAAAAGUUCUCUGGGUCUACCAGAAUAACUCACCAGAUGCCCAGAUGACCGUUGGGAUGACAAGAAGUGUCCGUUCCGAGACCAUGGCCAAGAUUGUAACUCUUGGUCUUCAUAAUGAAGAUCCUAUCAUUGCGUCCCAUACUAUCUCCACGGCUAUUGAGGCCAUAUGGCCCACAGACGGUGUUGAGCCUUGUAAGGAAUCUGAGUUCAAAUCGACCGAGUCACAGCUCCUCGUCUUGCAGGCGGUGGAGGAUAUUCCGUCAAACGCAUUCGUUCACAACGAAAACAGCGAGAUGUGUCUAUCCGUGCAGCCUUUCCAUCAGUCGGGUCGACGCUUUAGGUUGAAGAUUGCUCAGCCUGGAUCCCUGGAUACAAUCUAUUUUGCCGAUGAUGAUGUGGCUGAGUUGGGAGAUGAUUCUGUAGAAAUUGAAGUCCAAGCAACCGGUAUCAAUUUCAAAGACGUUGUGGUGUCCAUGGGUCAGCUUAAUCAACCAUAUAUUGGGGUUGAGUGCAGCGGAAUAGUUACAUCGGUUGGCAAGAAUGUUGUAGAUGUACUUCCUGGACAACGGGUCAUGGCCAUGCCAGAAGGAGCAUAUUCAACGUAUGCACGAUGCCUUUGUACCAGUGUGGCGACAAUUCCAGAAUCCAUGACGAUCGAAGAGGCAGCUACUAUUCCUAUUGUCUUUUGCACGGCAUACUACGGCCUUUUUGAUUUGGGCCGUCUCUCCGCUGGUGAGCGCGUAUUGAUCCAUGCUGGUGCUGGAGGUGUUGGACAAGCAGCCAUACAGCUAGCUCAAAUGGUGGGAGCUGAUAUCUAUGUGACGGUUGGCAGUCAUGAUAAAAGGUCAUUUCUCAUUCAGCGCUACAACAUACCCGAGGAUCGCAUUCUGUAUAGUCGUGAUAAUUCGUUUGGUCCAGCGGUCCGAAGGGCCACCGGUAACGAAGGUGUCGAUGUUGUCUUGAACUCUCUUGCCGGCGACCUUUUGCGAGAAAGUUGGGACUGUCUUGCGCCGUUUGGAAGAUUCAUUGAAAUCGGAAAGGCCGACAUAACCAAGAACAGUCGAUUGGAAAUGCUGAAGUUUGAGCAUAAUGUUACUUUUGCUUCCGUGGACCUGACUAAGGUUGCUAAGUUUCGACCCAAGUUGAUGAAGAGGCUGCUGAACGAUGUUUGCCGGCUCUUGGGUGAAAAUACCAUCAAGCCAAUAUACCCCAUUACAAAGUACGCCAUUUCGGAAGUGGAGGCAGGAUUAAGAGCUCUACAGACCGGAAAGAACAUGGGCAAAUCAGUUGUUGUUCCUAAUGCUCACGAUCAAGUCAAGGCUGUAUCCCUCAAAACUUCUGUUAACCUUUUGCAAAAGAACGCCACAUACCUCAUCACUGGCGGAACAGGUGGUUUGGGUAGAAGCAUGGCCAAAUGGAUGUCCACCAAAGGAGCUCGGAACAUCGUACUUGUCUCACGAUCGGGUUUCGUGAAUGAUAAGCUGGAAGCUUUGAUCCGCGAGCUGGCAUCUGAAGGAACGCAGGUCCUGGUCAAAGCUUGUGAUGUCAGCUCCAGGGCUGAUGUUGAAGGACUCCUGAAUGGGGAGCUUACGCAUCUCCCUCCGGUGCGUGGCGUUGUACAUGGGGCUAUGGUUCUUCGAGACAUAUUGUUUGAGAAUAUGACGCUUGAAGAUUUCCAAUCGGUUUCUGCUUGCAAAGUCGAAGGUGCCUGGAAUUUGCACCACUCUCUGGCGCAAUCACCUCUUGACUUUUUCAUUACCUUAUCAUCCAUAGCUGGAGUCGUCGGUAAUCGAGGGCAAGCUGCGUACUCAGCGGCUAAUGUAUUUCUCGAUGGGUUCAUGCAGUACCGGCAAUCUCAGGGUCUUCCUGGAAAGUCGAUCGACCUUGCCGCAGUUACAGAAGUUGGUUACUUAGCCGACAGCGAUCCCUCAAGGCAGCAAGAAGUCGUGAAGAAUAUUGGAGGUGCUACAAUCAACGAGUCUGAAGUUCUGGCACUUCUCGCAUUGGCCAUAACUAGCGACCUGAACAAAUCCACUCAAAGCCAAUUCGUUACAGGCUUAGAAGCAACAGAUUCUUUGGAUAGUUUCUGGCUUCACGACUCCAAAUUUUCCAACAUCCGUGAGAGGAUUGAAUCAACCAUGAACGAAUCGCAGAAAGAUGGCAAAGAGCUGCCAUUGCGCGUAGCCGUUCAAUCUGCCCCUACUAGAGCAGACGCCAUCCAUAUUUGCUACGAAGCCCUCGCAGCAAAAUUAGCAAUAGUCCUGAGCAUGGCUCCUGAGGACAUGGACAUUUCAACUCGAGUUUCCUCGUUGGGCCUUGAUUCUCUGGUGGCUAUCGAAAUCCGUAACUGGAUUGCCCGAGAAGUGGACGCGAAUGUGCAAGUUCUCGAGCUGCUGUCCAGCGAGUCAUUGACCAAACUUUCCGAGUUGAUACUGGCAAAAUCCAAACUUUCUGUACCUAAUUGA